CAAAGACAAGAGUUUCUCAAGACGCGGAAAAAAUAGAGUGAAGGAACACAUACUUCAAAAGCGCAAAAAAAAAAAACAAACCAAAGAAGCGAAUCAUACAUUUUUAUUUUUCUCCUACAAUUAAACACACUAUGGUGUCUCAAAAGCUGGAGUUUUGCAUCGAAUUAGUGAAGAUUGCUAUCGUUUUUGUCGCCACUGUGGCUGAAUCAGUAGAAGAAGCUUUCCGUAAGCCUCAGCCGGUGCUUCCGGCAGUUCAUGACGGUCACCGGAACAGUUAUGCCAACGUUCCCAUACCUCUAGUUGGAUUCAUGUGAUGAGCUUCUUUUUGUUUUGGUUUUGGCCUCGUUAAAUUAGUAGCCCUCGUGCCAUGUGGCGUUUUGUAAGUUGUUGAUUUGUGUAUAAGUUUAAUUAAAAGAAUCAUUGAGAGUUACAGAUGAAUAAAUAUUUUUUUUGGUAAAGUACAGAUGAAUAAAAUUUGUGAGUCGCUUUAACUUUCUUUGAGAUCC